UGUAGUUUGUAAAAUUUCGCUGCAUUCGAAAGUUGCAAUUCUGCGAAAUGCAUGUUCUGCUCCAGAUCCUAGUGCUCCUUGCCCUCUCCGGUUUCGCACUCAGUAGAGUCCAGGAAGUGCACAAUGUGCUGGAGCUAAUUGGUCAAACGGCAAACAAAGCCAGAUUCUCCACGGAUGUGGCCAUAGGCAAGUACACUCCGCCGGAGGAGAUGGAUCCGCAAUUCUGGUACAACAUCGCCGACGAGGAGAUCGCCAAGCGACUGCUGCAACCUCAACCCAAUUCCAAGAAGGCCAAGAACGUCAUUAUGUUCCUCGGGGAUGGUAUGCCUAUCGCCUCAAUCACCGCUGCUCGGAUCCUAAAGGGACAGCGCCAGAACAAGACCGGCGAGGAGUCGUCGCUGAGCUUCGAGAAAUUCCCCUAUUCUGGAUUGAGCAGAACCUACUGCUCCAACUCCCAGGUGCCCGACUCCGCCUGCACUGCCACCGCUUAUCUGUGCGGCGUGAAAACCAACAUCAUCAGCAUCGGAGUAAGUGCAGCAGUAAACUUCAACAACUGCACCGCCAGCCAGGAUCCGGCCAACCGUCUGACCUCCAUAGCGGAAUGGUCCCAGAAUGCUGGAAAAUCCACUGGCAUUGUGACCACCACCACGCUGACCCACGCCAGUCCCUCGGGAGCCUACGCCAAGACGGCCAACCGGAUGUGGGAGUGCGACACGGAUGUGACCAGCUAUGGUGUGGACGCCAGCACCUGCGUCGACAUGGCCACCCAACUGGUGACCCAGACGCCCGGCAAGAACUUCGAGGUCAUGUUCGGCGGCGGAAUGGGCAAGUUCUUGCCCAAGACCAUCAAGGACAGUCACGGAAAUGCUGGAGAGCGAUCCGAUGGGGUUAAUCUUUUGUCCCGUUGGCAACGGCUCCACGACAAAGGCGUCAUGGUCACCAAUCGCAAGCAGCUUCUCAACGUUAACGUCUCAUCAGCGUCCAGCAUUAUCGGUCUCUUCCAGUCGGGUUUGAUGAACCUCCACAUGGAUGCGGAUGCCACCUACGAGCCCACUCUUUCCGAACUCACCGAGGUGGCCAUCAAGAAGCUGAGCCAUAACAAUAACGGGUACUUUGUGUUCAUAGAAGGUGGUCUUAUUGAUAUUGCCAACCACUAUACACAGGCUGGUUACGCUCUGGACGAGCUCCUGGAGUUUGAAAAGGCCAUUCAGUUGGCCAGAGACAUGACCGACAUCGAGGACACGCUGAUUGUGGUGACCGCCGACCACGGACACGCCGUGAGUAUUGCCGGCUAUCCCGGCAGAGGAACCCCCAUCCUGGGCGUGAACCAGCACGACACCGAUAUCAAUGGAGUGAAGUACUCGGUGCUUAACUAUGCGGCUGGACCCAACCAGUACCUGGACGAGACUGGCCAGCGCAUUCCCCUGGACGACAUCAUAGGUGCCGACGACGCCAUCACCCCCAGUUACAUCGCCAAGGAGCAAGGCGUGCACUCCGGCGAGGACGUGGGUAUUUGGGCGUCAGGUCCUCAAAGCCACCUUUUCACCGGAACGAUGCAGCAGAGCACCAUUCCCCACCUGAUGGCCUACGCCUCCUGCGUUGGCAGCAGAAAGAAGGUGUGCGGCAGCUAACUACGGAGGACCUGGACUUUUGCAUUUAAGAACCCAAAUUAAGUUAAUAAAGUGGGAUUUUCUUUAUAUGGUAUGGUAAACUUCAUUGCAUGUGUAAUGUGUUAAAGGAUUUAAAAAAUAUAUAAAUGAUAUUUACUAUUA